AUGGCUCUAACCGACUUUUCCAGAUGUGGAGAGAUCAAGCGUUUGGUCAUGGGCUUGGACCGGUUUACGAAAACACCGUGCGGCUUCUGCUUCGUCGAAUACUACACUCAUCAGGAUGCGCUGGACUGUCUGAAGUACAUUGGUGGCACCAAGCUCGACGAACGAAUUAUCCGGACCGAUCUCGAUCCAGGAUUCGAAGAGGGCCGGCAAUAUGGCCGUGGAAAGUCUGGAGGUCAGGUCCGCGACGAAUACCGAGAAGAGUAUGACCCUGGUCGUGGUGGUUACGGGCGUGCUUACGCCGACGAUCAACGGCGACGGGAGGAAGAGGAAUAUGGCAAAGGUAGGUAA